AUGAAGCCGCUGGCUGGGACCAAGAAGCGUCCGAAAGCAGCCGGAGCUGAGGCUGCUCUGUCUCUGCAAGAAGAGCUUGUUGCAGCGAUACACGGAGCAUUUGAAGUGGCUGUGGAGAUCGCAGUUCGAGAGGUGACCAAGCUUGUAGGUCAGGCGACAGGAGACGUCUAUGAAGAGAUGCGACGGGAGAACGAGUCCCUCAAACAAAGACUGCAGAGAGCUGAAGCUUUGCUGGACUCUGCGCGCGUGGAGGAGGAAAGAGGUGGCAGCUCUCCUACAAAGCAACUCGUGAAUGUCACUAACCGUGCAGAUCAACCGCCUCAUAUUAAGUACAAUCAAAAAAGUCCAAAUCCUAAAGUGGGCGACGUCCACAGUCGUACGGGGAUCAGAGGUCACAAUCCUCCUGCAGGUCGCAGCCGUCCACACCAACUUCCUGAACCCCAACACACACCUGAGGAGCACAGAUCAGAAGGUGACACGCAGACACAACAUGUCAGUGAUGCUGCUUCAGAGGAAAAAGGAGACGAUGGAUGUGCUGUUUCUUGUGAUGCCUUGAUUAAAGAAGCCAGUGAAGAAAACUCCAUUGUGUGUGUGGUGAGAGUAGAAAGCAUCAACCAGCCAUGUCGAGACCUGGCGGGUCAAGAACGCCACUCGCCACCACCUCCCAGUGAGGAUGAAGAGUUCACUUCAAAGCAGGUUACAGUAAAGCAGGAGAGGCAAGAAGAGGAGGAAGAUGAUUUGGCUUGCUGCUUAGACUCAAUCAAAGUGGAGGAUUUUAGUCCGGAGUGUAUGUCAGCGGCGCAGUCCAAAAUGCUGGAGGAGUGGAAACCAGAAGUGCUGGAUAUUCAGAGCCAAGACUCCAGCGGUCCUCUGUCCUGCACCAGGCUGGCUCAGGAGUUCCCAAACAUCUUCCAAAUGGCAGAACCAGCUCCCGUCCCAGAAGCCCCUCCACAGGUUUAUGGAGUCCAUGUGCGGACCAGCCGCAGCCUCAGCCACACCUUCACCAACCACCACACCUGCAAGUAUUGUGGCCAGACAUUCCACCUGCCCAGCUUGCUGCGGCGGCACUACGGCCAGUGCCAGCAGAAGCUCCAGCAGUGUUAUCAGCAACCCGCUGAUGGAAGCAAGAGGACCAGACUGCAGCUUUACCCACCAGGCUGCAGCCCCUUCCAGUGCACGGAGUGCAACCGAGAGUUCAACCGCAUGGAGAACCUUAAGACUCACCUUCGCAUCCACACGGGAGAGAGGCCGUACACCUGCUCAGUGUGCUCCAAGUGUUUCCGUCACUCUGGGGCGCUAACCAGGCACUUCCGUAUCCACACCGGAGAGAAGCCUUACAUAUGCGGACAGUGUGGGAAGUCCUUCAGGAACUGUGGGGGGCUCAAAUUCCACCAGCGUUCACACAGCAAGUAGCUACAGUAGAGUUGAAAAACAGCUGAUAUGAUGCAAAGAUCAAUAUGUUUAAAUGUAUCAUUUUUAUGUAAAAGUUUGAAGUGGGAUCAUUCAUACUGGCUUAUCACAUAUCUGACACACAGUAUUGAUGGCCCACAUACAUUAAUCUAACCUAAAAG